UCUCUCAAGUACACGGAGCAACACAGAACCGGGCCAUGCUAGCACCUUCCCCCAGGAUUCCCGUGCGGUGGCCAUCGCAACUGUCGCUCUGCAGCAACAGCUCCUCUCGCGAUGGCCUGGCUGCGUCUUCGCCCGCUGCGGUUUCCAGCGUCUACGCAGCAGCUGAGCAAGGGGACCUGGCUCGGAUGAAGGGGUUUUUGGCCGGAGGGGGCAACGUCAACAAGAGGAGCAAGGAGGGAUACAGCAUCUUGCACCUUGCGGCCAUGAGGGACCAACAAGCCAUGGUGGAGUUGCUCCUGAAGGAGGGAGCGGACCCGGACGUUCAUGACAACGGGGAGGGGCUAACUCCCCUCAUGUGGGCAGCACAGCUGGGGCACGCAGAGGUGGCAAACUCUCUGAUCGAGGGCGGCGCCGACAUGGAGCAAGAGGAUAGGGAAGACCUCACGGCGUUGCACUGGGCCGCCCGCAUGGGGCAGGAGCGCGCCUUGCUCGUGCUCCUGGAUCACGCCGCAGAUGUCGAGACCGUGGACUACGACGGAAACACGCCCCUCAUCUGGGCCACCCGCGGGGGGCACCGUGACUGCGUUGGCCACCUCCUCGACCACGGGGCAACAACCACCACCCCCGAUGAGAACGGCAACACCGCGCUGCACUUCUCGUGCCAGACGGGCAACGCGGGAAUCACCUCCGAUCUGCUAGACUGGGGAGCGCUGGCCACCGCGCAAGACUAUUGGGAGUUUACUCCGGUCCACCGGGCGUGCUCUCAAGGCCACGGCAACGUGCUCAAGGAGCUCCUGCGGCAGCGCUCCGGCCGGGCAAGGGCGCGCGGUGGCGGCGCCGGCGGAGGGGGCGCCGACGACGGGUCUGGGGGAGAUUUCUGGGAGGGGGGCCUGGCCAGGGCAUGGGGCGGCGGUGGCGGCGGCGGCGGCGGCGGCGGCGGCGGCAAUGUGGGAGAGAGGAGGGGCACGGGAGGAGGGCGAGGGAAAGGGGGGGGAGGGGGAGGGGGGAGGCGCGGCGGCAGCAGAAGCGUGGCGGCCCCUCUGCCCUCCGAGGUGGUGGACAUCCGGAACCACUUCCACGCGACCCCGCUGCACAGGGCCGCGGCGAAGGGGCAUGCAGAGGUGGUGACAAUGCUGGUGCAGAACGGCGCCAGCGUCGACUCGAGGGACGGUUUUUUCUACACCCCGCUCCACCUCGCCUGCAUCAACGGCGCAGAGGCUAGCGUGGAAGCCCUCCUCCGCGCCGGCGCCGACCCGGCCAUCAAGGCGCAGCAGGGCGUAACGCCGCUCAUCGCCGCCAGGAAACCCGAGGUGCGUGAGCUCCUGAAGAAGGCGCUGGAGAAGCGGAAAAAAUCGCUCUGGGAGGUGGACUUGUCUAGCGGCGGCGGGGGCGGGGGCGGCGGGGGGG